GGUUGUCCUGGACACGUCCUAACAUUUUGGCUACACACAUCAGUUGGCUGGACAAGUCAUCCGGAGAAAGUUUCUCUCUCUCCUGUCUCUCUCUGUUGUUUUACAGUUUGUUGGGUUUUUAAAAAUUGAGAGAGAGAGAGAGAGAAACCUUUCGUUCGUCUGUGUGUGCAGUUCACAACGGCUCGAAAAAUCACGUGAUGUUGCCGGGAAUUGGGCAAAAAGCGAUCAAGUCCAACUAUCGGAAAUGUCAAACGCUUCACUUCCACGACGGAGUUCCUCUACCCAAGGGGAACUGUUAUUCGUCAACUUCCGGGAACUUGAACUCAAUAUCGUCCCAAGCAGACUACGACUUGCAUCGAUUCCGUCCGCCUCAGCUAGUCGCUUCCAGAUCGGCGGUUCAUUUCGAACGAGAUUCGAAACAUAUGGAUCGUGAACUAGCCGGUUUGUCACCGCCCAUCUAUCCGCCCUACAAAGCGGAUUCGAGCCGACCUUUCGUGCCGAAGAGCGUCCUCUAUGACCGACUGACACUGCGCUUCGAUGGAUUCUACGUCGAGGAUUCAGUAGCCUGGGGCUAUUCCUGCAGGACCGUCCACCCGGUCAAGUUGUGCUACUACCUCGAAGACGACACCAUCUCCGUUCACGAGCCUGUCACUCCGAAUUCCGGGCGUCCGCAAGGGAAACUCGUCUGCCGUCACAAGGUUCAAAAGUCCGGUCACGAAGAGGAAAACCCACAAUUCUGGCACUGGAAGGAUUUGAAUGUGGCAUCCGACGUCGAUAUUUUUGGACGUCGAUUCCGACUGACUAACUGCAACCAAUGGACAAGAGAAUUCCUUAUGAGCGCUGGGAUAGAAGUAAACGCUCCGGAAGAUGUGCCGGAAUCCAAUCCGCCUUUGAAAAAGAACGAAGCAGCUUCGAGAUCUCGUUCUGCACCGCAACCUCGUUGCCAUCCGUUGAAAAAGUUCCUAGAACACGACGGCCAAAUUCUCAGAUUUGGUUGCAUCUGGGACCGGCGCGCAGAAGAGGGCGUAUCGGUGGAUGAACGGAUGAAACCGUACGUUUUGCGGUACUUCCUGGUCGACGACACGAUCCAGAUUACUGAUGCGGAAUUCGAGAGCAAUCAGAAACGAGGAUUGUACUGUUCGAACCGAGCCCAGGAAGCGGUUCUCUUGCGACGUCAGAGAUUACCCAAAGAACCACGGCCGGUCAUGACUUCACCGGCGGAUGCAGCCGAUUUAACCUUCUACGACCCGCAGGAUUUGAUUUUAGGCAAUAUCAUUUCCGUUCACGGAAGAAGGUUCGUAUUGGUGGAGACGGGAGACGAAUUCACGCGUUCUUUCUAUCGUAACACUUUGGACGUUGUGGAUUUCACUCCUGUAGAACUCGACUAAGAAAAAAAUAAUAAUAAGCUAGACUUUUAAUUAUUUUGUGUAACAUCUUUUUUGUGCAUUGAUUUUUUGUUACUUUUUGAAGUUUUGUU